AUGGCGUUGGGGAGUUUCUUGUCUUUUGCUAGAUUUUGGACAUUCUUUCCGGGAGGGAGACAGAUUGAUCCUACUGCACAUACAAUAAAGUCUCAUGGAGCCACACUUGCUAGAAAUCAUAUUCAUGAUUGGCUUAUAUUGGUGCUUCUUAUACUAAUUGAGGUUAUUCUCAAUGUAAUUCAUCCAUUUCGCCGCUUCGUUGGAAGGGAUAUGAUGGAAGAUCUUAUGUAUCCAAUGAAAGAAAACACUGUCCCUAUAUGGGCUGUUCCGCUUUAUGCGGUUCUGUUGCCAAUAUCUGUGUUCCUGUUCGUCUAUAUGCGUAGGAGAGAUGUUUAUGAUUUGCACCACAGUGUUCUCGGCCUCUUGUUUGCUGUUCUGAUAACUGGGGUGUUGACUGAUUCUAUUAAAGAUGCUGUUGGCCGGCCACGGCCAGACUUCUUUUGGCGUUGCUUUCCUGAUGGAAUACAGGUGUAUGAUGCAUUGGGAGGUGUGAUUUGCCAUGGCAAGGCUAGUGAUAUAAAAGAAGGACAUAAGAGUUUUCCAAGCGGCCAUACUUCAUGGUCCUUUGCAGGUCUUGGUUUUCUCUCCUUGUAUCUAUCGGGGAAGGUUAAAGUUUUUGAUCGCAAAGGGCACGUAGCAAAAUUAUGCAUUGUGUUUUUUCCUCUACUUGCUGCCUGUCUGGUUGGAAUCUCUAGAGUGGAUGACUAUUGGCACCAUUGGCAAGAUGUGUUUGCCGGAGGCCUUCUAGGCCUUUUUGUCGCAACAUUUUGCUAUUCGCAGUUCUUUCCUCCUCCCUAUAAUGAUGAUGGAUGGGGUCCAUAUGCAUACUUUGUGGCUAUGGAGGAAUCAAGAGGCAAUGCAAAUGUGAAUCGAGAAUCGCCCGCUGUACAAGCCAUGGAUGACAGGACAGUCGUGACUCGAGUGCCAAGGAGAAAUGGUGACGCAGUCACCCCUUUCAGUUAUCUCAGCCCAACCUUGGAAGCCAUGGAAAUGGGAGGGACACAAGUGAAGUCAUGA